AUGUAAAAAUCACAUAACUCAGUAUAUUAAUUGAAAAUUGUGAACACUGAAACCAGGUCUGAUAUUGUCUACUAUCAAAUUUAAGUAUAAUAUAGCAUUAAUAUCUCAGGUUCUCAUGGAGUUUUGAAGAAAGAUAUAAAAAACUUAAACAACAACUUCCCUCAUUUCCAGCUAAAAAGUUUUUUGGAAAAUACUGAUCCUGAAUUUAUUUCUACCAGAAAGGCUGGAUUAUAGAACUAUUUUAAGACUUUGCUUCAAAUUGUGGAUGCAGAUUAGUGUCCAACUCUCAAGAAAUUUUUGACUAAAGGAGAACAAAAGCAUAUAAAGGAUCAACAACAACAGCCUUUUAAAGAAGACUCUAUUAAGCAAAACGAUAAUUUAGGUAAUGCGUCUUCAAUAGAAAAAAUCCAAUAAUAAAAGUAAUAAGAAAAUGAGAGGAUAAAGAAAGAAUUAAAGGAAAAAUUGGCAUCUGCAACUCAGUAGAUCAAAUCAAAAUUUGUAGAUUUAGGUAAUCUAGUCAAUCCUCCAGAAGAAUCUGACAUCAAGAAAAAGAGGGCAAUUUAUGAUCAAAUUCGUUUAGAACCAAAAAAUUCUUAAUUUAAUAUAGAUAUUCCAAAACCAAGUUAAUAAUCAAAAAUGAUGAUUGCUUAAUCAACUAUUGAACAAACAUAGCCUAAAUUAAUAUAGUUGAUAUCGUAAUUACAAGCAGGUGUCGAGAGCAUAAUCGGAGUUUGA